AGCUCCUGACUGACUGCCCGCUCGUCUGUUUGAAACGAAGGAGGAGGUACGCACGCCGCUACUGCAAGCUAGCUAGCAAGAAGAGGCCGCUAGCAGGGGUUUGGCUUGGUUUUUGGCGGACGACAUGAGCACGGCCACGGGCGUGCGGGCGGGGCGGCGGUUCACGGUGGGACGGAGCGAGGACGCCACGCACCCGGACACCAUCCGCGCCGCCAUCUCCGAGUUCAUCGCCACCGCCAUCUUCGUCUUCGCCGCCGAGGGAUCCGUCCUCUCGCUCGGGAAGAUGUACCACGACCACAGCACGAUCAGCACGGCGGGCGGGCUGGUGGCAGUGGCGCUGGCGCACGCGCUGGGUCUGGCCGUGGCGGUGGCGGUGGCCGUCAACGUCUCGGGCGGGCACGUGAACCCGGCCGUCACCUUCGGCGCGCUCGUCGGCGGCCGCGUCUCCCUCGUCCGCGCGGUCCUCUACUGGGCCGCGCAGCUGCUGGGCGCCGUCGCCGCGACGCUCCUGCUGCGGCUCGCCACGGGGGGCGCGCGCCCGCCGGGGUUCGCGCUCGCGUCCGGGGUCGGCGACGGGCACGCCGUGCUGCUGGAGGCCGUCAUGACGUUCGGCCUCGUGUACGCCUACUACGCCACGGUGGUCGACCCGAAGCGGGGCCACCUGGGCACCAUCGCGCCGCUGGCCGUGGGUUUCCUGCUCGGCGCCAACGUGCUGGCGGGCGGGCCCUUCGACGGCGCCGGGAUGAACCCGGCGCGGGUCUUCGGCCCGGCGCUCGUCGGGUGGCGGUGGAGGCACCACUGGGUUUACUGGCUGGGCCCCUUCCUCGGCGCGGGGCUCGCAGGGCUGGUGUACGAGUACCUGCUUAUCCCGCCCGCCGACGCCGUGCCGCACACGCACCAGCCGCUCGCGCCAGAGGACUACUAGCUAGUCGGCCGGCGCCGGCGCCGGCGCGGCGGCGUCUCCUUAGUUGGGCCGUGUCCUGUUGUCAAAUUUUUUUAUGCAUGUGUUGGAAAUUAUAUUGUGGUGUCUUGUGAUGGUUAAUAAUGAGGGGCAUAGGGUACGUACUUGUUGAUCGCCCCAGCGUUGGACACGGUUAAUCAGGUGAUAUGCGUCUCUACUAAUUACUAUGUGUAUGUAAUAAAUUCCAGGUACAAAA